UGUUAGGUUAAACGAAAAAUUUCGUUCAAUACUUAUUUGAUUCUAAACUGAUAAAAAUAGCAAAAUGUGCAACUUUUCUUCUCGAAAACUUACCGCUCGAUUAGAAUUCGGCAUUUCGGCCAUCGCCGUAAUAACACUAAGUGUCGUUAUUAUUAUAUAUGUGUCUACCCGUGAAACCUUUAACGUAUACCACAAAAUCGCCAUUGGGGGAGGCAGUUUUGCAAUUUUUGCUGCACUAUUCCUUCUGCUUGGUGCAAUCUUGGAAAACCGCUUUCUUGUGUGGACUUGGGUGGCUAUAAUGAUUCCGCUAGUUAUAUUAAUUACUACCGCAUAUAUUAUCAAGUUGUGCAAAGAAUGGGAGUUCUUCACAGAGCGGGCUAGAGUAUACACGAUUAUCGGUUUAGUAAUUAGUCCAUGUUUCUGUUUGUAUUUGGUUUCCUUAACAGUGUUAUAUGCAUUGGAAUUGAAAAGAUCAAGAAAUGCAAUGGAAGACCGUGUCGGUAUAUAUAUUCUGUGGUGCUUUUAACUGAAAUAUCCCAAUGUAUAUUAAAAUAAUUUAUAUAAUUGUCUGUGUCCUUUUCGAAACCACUUUCAACGCUAUACAAAUUGUAAAGGCUAAUUGUUAAAACAAACUGCCUUUUGCAUUGGAUAUAAAUUUCGCGUGAUAUACAGGGCAAGCAAAGGGACUUGGUUGCCCUAUCAGUGGGAUAUGUAUUGAAAUUGAAAACGAAGAAAAAGAAACAAAAAGUGCAUUAGAGGACCAUUUCAGUGUGCACUGCCUUCGACUGAAAUAUUCCAAUGUAUAUUAAUUUAAUUUGUAAAAUGGUCUGUGUCCUUUCCGAAACCAUUUUAAAAGCUAUACAACUUUGUCUUUUGAUUGAUAAAACAAACGGCCUUUUACAUUGGAUAUGAAUUUCGCCUGACUUGAAGGGCGGGGCAGACAUCCCCCGUUGGCUUUCAUUGAGGCAUGGAGCCUCAGUCUGGAAGCGAAAUCAAUGACAGAAAUAUGAAAUGAAAAUAUAAUUGGUAAUUUAUUGUGUCUACAGAUCGUUGUUGCAAAAUGCGAGCAAGCCAAGUAAAAUAAUAAAUGCACAUAUUCGUGUG